AUGUCGGUGCUGAUAAAUGGAUCGCCAUCUAAGCCUUUCAAUAUAGAAAGAGGGUUGAGACAAGGGGACCCACUAUCUUCGUUCUUGUUUGUACUUGUGGUAGAUGUGCUGCAUCGAAUGAUUGGAGAGGCAGUCAGGAAUGGUCGUAUAGCACCAUUGAUGGUUGGUAGAGAUAGUGUAGCAUUGUCACAUCUUCAGUUUGCUGAUGACACUAUUCUCUUUUGCCCACCAGAAGAGGAUACUAUAAGGAAUUACAAGAGGCUUCUGAGAGUCUUCGAGUUGAUGUCAGGUCUGAGUAUCAAUUUUGAGAAGUCUAGUCUGAUUCCAAUUAAUUGUGAGGAGCAAUGGGUCGAUUGUAUGUGUAACUUGCUGGGGUGUAAGGGGGAUUCCCUCCCAGUCAAAUACCUUGGAAUAUCCCUAGGAGCUAAUCCGAGGUUGGUGAAGACAUGGAAGCCCAUCAUAGAUAAGGUGGAGGAGAAACUUAGCCUGUGGAAGGCCAAGGUGCUAAACAAAGCUGGGAAGCUGGUACUUAUCAAAUCUGUGUUGAACAGUUUGCCAGUAUACUAUCUGAGUUUGUUCAAGAUGCCGAAAGCUGUUGCUGAGAAAUUGAUUUCGUUGCAGAGAACAUUCCUGUGGAGCUCAGAAGAGGGUAGGACUGGUAUGGCAUUAGUAAGGUGGGAAGUGGUACAGGCACCGAAGAAGUUAGGUGGGCUGGGAGUUGGGGAUGCUAUGGUUCGCAACACAGCGCUGUUGUUUAAGUGGUGGUGGCGAUUUGCGAAGGAGGAGUGCCCAUUGUGGAAAAAAAUCGUAGUUUCUUGUCAUAAUCUAAACCCCAAUGAGCCUCUGUCGACUCAAGACCCGCCUACUAGAGGAGGACCAUGGAAGGAUAUUUGCCAGCUUCACAUCAGGAACCAACCUCUAAGGGAUAAGAUGAUUGCAGGCCUGUCCAUGGAGGUUGGGGAUGGGUGUAGGACACGAUUUUGGGAGGAUGCAUGGGUGCUUGGUGGACCCCUAAAGUACCGGUUCCCGAGGCUUUUCUCUGUUUCAAAUCAGUGUGGAUCCGUUAUAGGAAACUGUGAUGCAGGAGGAACUGAUCCCAGCGGAGGAAGAGUGAAUACAAAGGACAGGUUGAGCCGGUUUGGAAUCAUCAAUCAGGAAGAUGUUACUUGUGUUCUUUGUAACAAUGAGGUGGAGGAUAUACAUCACUUGUUUUUAGGGUGUGUAUUUGCAUGGCAGGUCUCCACUUCUUCCUUCUUCGUUGUUGACACCAUCGACCACAUCGCCAUGAACACCACUAUUGUCGAGAAGUUAGUCAAUACGAUCCGGUUCCUCGCAAUCGAUGUCGUUGAGAAAAAGUUCCGUGUGGGACGAAGAGCUGGCAGCUAUACAACCAUGAAGGGUUGUGGCAGAGCUAGGAGGAGUGAGGGUGGAAUCGGAAAGGAGGGAGGGUGCCAAAAAUAA